AUGCUAUCUAAAUUUUUAUUGGAACUAUGGAUGACCAUCCUUUUAUUUAAAUAUGUAUUGGGCACAUUUGCCACUAAUACAGUCCCAGCUAUAAUGUAUUCAUAUUCGCUAGCCCCUGGUUUAAUCAAAUAUCAGAAGAAUUAUAAUUAUAAACAAACAGUUCCUAUUGAGUCAUUCAAAAUUAUUAGUGAAGAAUUAUUGGGUAAUUGUAACUCUGAUGCUUAUAUCUUCAUUAAUAUCCCUGGGCUAAAUGAACUUGAUUUUGUUAAAUAUAGAGAUGGAUUCAGAUUUCUGGAGAGUUCCUUUGAAUUAAGUUCCACCGGUUUGAAAUUCGAAAAAGUUAAAAUUGAUCAAUCUACAUUUGACUAUUUAAUAGCUUUUACAAAACAAAAAUGUCAAGUUAGUAAAAUAUUAAGAUUGAUUGGUAAUGAUACAACACAAUAUGAACCAUAUUUAGAUACAGAUAAAAGAAUAAUUGGGAUUGACUUUCCUGCCCUGGAUUCGAUCGAUGAUCAAGUUAGAAGUGAGACGAUAAAUCAUUUCGAUAACUAUUUGAAAUAUGUUCUUGGUCAAAUUCCGUCUCCAUAUCAAACUGUUAUUCUCACUUCAUUAGAACCUGACUUACAAGCAGAUCUAUCUUCAGGAUUGUCGUUAUUGGAUCACUAUGAUGGGUUUUUCAAUGAUAUUAUAUCACGAAAACGAGAUCUUGAAAAGAAUAAUAGAAUAUUAGAUGUACCAAUUAUUAGAAAUAAGCAUAAACCAUUACAUCAAGAGUUGCAUAACCAUUAUGUUUCUAUCUUUGAUAGUGAUUUUAUUCAAAACAACUAUCCUUUAUUGAAGUUAAUUGUUACCACAACAAUUAUUUUUAUAAUGUAUUGUUUGGUAUUUAAUCGGAACAUUUUCACCAAUGGACGAAAUAGGCCACAAAAACCAUCGUUAUCUUCUUUAUCGAAAGAUGGAAAGAAAGAGAACGAUUCAGACAAGAUAAAUAGAGAGGAACGGCGAAAACAAGAAACAAAAGGACAAGAAACAAAUAAUGUGAAAGAAAAAUCAAAGUUGGAGUGA